AAUAUAUUGCGUAAUUGAAAUAGAAAACUUUAAAAAAAAAAAUCAAAAAGAAAAAAAAACUAAAAGGAUAGGGGCUGAGUAAAAUAAUCUGUGGUUCUUUAUUAGAUUUCCUCUGUUUGUCAAUCUCAUCACAGAGCCAUGGCAAAGUUUUCCAAGAAUUCCAUGGUUCUGUGCUUUUGGUUAGUCAUUGUUUUUGUAAUCUCUUGUGCAAAUGGUGUUAGGCUUAAGAAAUUUGAUCACCCCACUAAAGGUGAUGGCACUCUUAACUUCUUGGUUCUUGGUGACUGGGGAAGAAGGGGUACCUUUAAUCAAUCUCACGUAGCUCACAAGAUGGGAAGAAUAGGAGAGGAGCUAAACAUUGAUUUUGUAGUAUCAACUGGUGAUAAUUUCUAUGAUAACGGAUUGACAGGGGUGCACGAUCCAAAUUUUGUAGAGUCAUUUACUAAUAUAUAUACAGCAAAGAGCUUACAGAAACAAUGGUAUAGUGUAUUAGGCAAUCAUGAUUACAGAGGAAAUGUAGAAGCGCAACUCAGUCCUUACCUUAGGAAAAUUGAUAGAAGAUGGCUUUGUUUAAGGUCUUUCAUAGUUAAUGCAGAAAUUGCUGAAAUAUUCAUGGUGGAUACAACUCCAUUCGUGCAAGAUUAUUUCACGAAUCCUAAGGAUCAUACCUAUGAUUGGCGAGGUGUGAUCCCUCCAAACAAAUACACUGCAAACAUAUUAAAAGAUCUUGAAAAAGCGUUGAGUGAAUCGACAGCAAGAUGGAAAAUAGUAGUAGGUCAUCAUGCCAUUAGAAGUGUUGGGCAUCAUGGUGACACUCAAGUACUUGUGGAUCGCCUUCUUCCUAUGCUUAGGGUAUACAAUGUUGAUUUUUACAUGAAUGGACACGAUCACUGCCUUGAACAUAUUAGCGACACCGAAAGUCCUAUUCAAUUUUUAACAAGUGGGGCAGGGUCAAAGGCAUGGAGAGGAGAUGUAAAAGGAUUUAAUAGAGAAGACGUGAACUUUUUCCACGAUGGACAAGGCUUUAUGUCUGUACAGUUAACACCAACAGAGGCUGAGAUCAAGUACUAUGAUGUUUUUGGUAGAGUGCUACAUAGAUGGAAUAGGUCCAAGUUGCUUCACUCAGCUAUUUAGUUUUUCUUUUAGUUUUAAAACAACAAAGCUAUUAUUGGCUGUAAAUACUGAAGUUAUUAGAUGUAGAAGAGAACAGAUUUCACAAAACCAAUUUAGUUUUGUGACAGUAGUUUUCUCCGACGUUUAGGACUCCUUUGGUUUGAUGUAUUAGAGGAAAUAAUCAUGAUAUAAAAUUUGAUAUUGCUUUAUCCUGCA